AUGAUUUACAAUCAAGUUUCAAUUUUUUCUUUCGUAUUAUUAUUAGUUACUGAUAUUACAAGUCUGACCUAUGCUGCUGAUCAGAAGUCCUCGGACAUUCAUCUUGAAGCUCCUGUUCUAGCUGAUCGAGCACAUAGUAAUCGACCACCGAUAAGAACAUCGAUCUCGUAUGCGCGAAAGAAACCUAAACCGAAAUUCUCUCAGAAAAUGCAUCUGAUCAGUUCAUGCAAUGGUUCGUAUACGAAAACCAAUGGAACAACAUGUGGUCUCAAAGAAAUCAUGAUUGGCCGCUGUUAUGAGUAUCAAUAUCUAAAAUAUCAAUUAUUUUUAACAAAUCAAUCUAAUGUAAAAAAUUGUACACAACUCUAUCAAGCAUUUGAAUCCGCCGUUCGAUAUAAGCCAUACUGUAACAUGAAUAUGAGUACAUAUGAAAAAUAUUUCCAAUUAGCUUUAUCUGAUGUCCAUGUUAUCAAUCGAGCAAUGUUCUGGAGUGGAACGUAUGGUGUUACACAUGCUUACAGUGCGGAUGGUGCUAAUUAUAUAACUUUAGAAGAUACUCUGGCAGCAGCGAUGGUCAACGGUCUUGUGUGGUGCGGAAAUGAAAAUCAUACGGAUGGAUUUGAUUUUUUUAGUUGUCCGAAUAAUUGUAAAGAUAAUCGAUGGGCUGAUUUGGCAUUUUGGGGUUUGGCAUCGAAAACAUUCGCACAAUUAGCUGCUGGAGAGAUCUAUGUUGUCCUUAAUGGAAGUCACGCCAACGAUAGACCUGCAUUUCGUAACAAUUCCUACUUUUCUGACUUUGAAUUACCAAAUUUUCGACGAACGGGCGAGUACCGUGUGACAAAAAUCAAUAUUCUUCUUUUACAUUCACCCGACAAACAAGUCACAGAAAAAUGCGGCGAAAAAAGUUUAGUUGAAUUAGAAAAUUUAAUAUUAGCCCAAGGUUUUCAAUAUGCAUGCAAAGAUGACCCGGAAGAAUUAAUUUUAAUCAUGUGUGGUAAUCAAUGGGAAGCACGAGAAUGUCAAAUAGCACGACAUGUAUUGCGACAAGCUUGGGAUAUGAAACUAUAUGGCACAUCUCUCAGCAAACGAAACUCUCACUCGUUUUUACUAGUUUUUUUAACUGCUCUCGCCGAAAUUUUCUUUCUAGUAAAGUUUUAA